GCCGUAGAUAGUCAUGUAAAGAAAAGUUUGAGUUAGAGCAGCAAUUUUAAGUUUGUUUUGGUCUAGGAAGUUCAAAGUACCUUUAGGUUCCAUUAUAUCUUAUUUACUGUCUAACUAAAGCAUACUUUUACUAAUGUGGCCUCUGUUAAUUGAUUUACUUUGUUUUCAUGCAAAAAUGCUUUUCCUCACUGUGCAAAUAAAGUAGACAGAAAGGUGCAGCCCUAAUUCGAAUGUAUCUUUAUAAGGUUUAUGGUAUUUUGUCCUAAUAGUUCCUCAACAGAGCGCUUGCCGAUAUCUCCGAUGAGAAAAAUAUAAACUAUCGUAUUUGCAAUCUUCGUCCGAACACGUUCGGUCGCAUCAAGUUUCCAGGCCGAACACGUUCGGUGACCGAACUAUCGGAUUAUUGCAUGCCUAACGAUGAGUGAAGUUGAUAUCGAGCAAUGACCCAAGACCCCGAACACAUGAAUUCGUAUUUUGUGCAUUUAUGAGCCAUCACGUAUAAGCGACGAUAGACAGCGCUCAAACGUAUAUCACAGAACUCGUUCGAAUGAUUCAUAAAAAAACAUAGACAUUUCUAAGUAAAAUGACGUUUUCCGUUCGAAAAAAUAUUGCCUGGUUGAUGAGAAACGAGCAUUUUAAAAUUUCGACCUACUUUUGAAAAAUGUGACAUCUCUCAUACUGACAACUUUCUAUUGCUCAUAUCUCAGCAUUCAUAAAAGACAAAGAGAUCAAAUUGUUUACAUAAAUAGAACCAACAGUUUUCCUCGAUUUAAAACAAACCGGACAUCUGGGAAUGGUUUCAUUCUCAUACAGUGAUCUGUAUCCGGUACGUCCUAAACUCAUAUUUUGUUCACUUUGGAGCCGUACUGUAUCGAAACGAAAUAUUUUCAUAAAAUUUUGAAACAGCAUUAGAUAGAGAGAGGCUCGAAUACUACAACGCCUGAACGUGUGAGCUUGUAAUUUGCUUUCGCUCAAAUAAAAACUCCAUCGAAAGUAGCGAAUUUAGCUGAAAAUGUAAGUUUUCAAAAUCUAUUUUCUCCUAUGGCAUAACACAAAUUUUGCAAAUAUUUAGCCAUAAGUAGUUCCAACCUUGAUCUAUCAAUAAAUCAAAACAUUUCGGUGGGCAACGUUAAGCUCACUGAAUUUUCAAAAAACUAAUUUUAAAGCUGUUUUCUUUUAAUAGUCAUUUCUUUUUUUGUUAUCGCAGUGGUAAGAUUACUUUAUCGUGUGGUCUAUUGUAGCCAUACACUGCUUUUUUCAGUUUUUUGUUUUAAUAAAUAAAUUUUAAAUAUAAAUGAUGUUAAACCUCGUGAAACUUCUUGUAGACCGCAAAACCUUGGAUUCUUGAAUGUUUCAAGAUCUUGAGCGAAAGAUUCAAGAAUCCAAGAUCUUGCGGUCUACAAGAAGUUUCACUACGGACAUGAUCAGUCAAAUGUGAUAGACGAUAUUUGAUUCAAAAUAAAAGAUAAGAUAAAAUACAUAUAUGUAGAACGCAUUCAGUCGUCAUAUAUUGUGGAAAAAGGAAAAGUUGUAUUUAUCUAUUUUGUAUUUUAUCUUUUAUUUUGAAUCAACUAUCGUCUGUCACAUUAGACUUAUGAUGUCUUUUGAAUAAAGAAACGUCUCUAACCGAAAAUAGUCUAUUUUCAUGAUUAUAAAGGUGGUUAUCUCUUAUUUUCUGUAUUGAAAUUCUUCACUUAAAAAAAUGACUCAAAUAUAUCUAAAACUAUAUUCGAAUCUAAAAUUGCUAAAAAUCAGGCAUUUUUGUAACAAAAUCAUCGAAAAAGAGAAAAAAUGAUAGGAAAAGAGGACAAAGGGGACGGGUUCUGAAAAAAAGAGGAUCAUUCACAACCCAGGAUGAAUAUUUAUCCAUCAACAAUCUAAAAUAAUAUUCAGCGUUAGUAUGAUUACCCAUCAUCAUUAGAAAUAAUCCUAAUAUUUCUAAUGUUGGAUUUUUAUCUACUUCAUUUGUAUAAUAGUCCAUUAAUAUUUUGAAUUGUUGUUCAAUUUUUGUUGAUAAAGUUAAGUGUACAUACCAUAUACUAUCAAAGUCUCCCAUUGAAUCAAUACGAAAAACUGUACACGUUGAAAAUAAAAUUUCUUUUCAUCUUUAUUAUUACUGAAAUGUUCAAUAUUUGCAAACGACUGUGUAUUUUUUAUGCCUGUAUCAACCGUUAUUUCAAAUAUAACUGAUUCUAGGAAUGGACGUUCUUCACCAUUACCAGCGAUCAUGCAUGCGAAUCCACAAUCAAGUGUCGUAGAUAAAAAUGAAAUUAUUGAUAUGAAUCCACUAAUAUUUUGUUGUAAAGUUUUGAAUUCAUUUGCUGAUAUCAUUUGA